AUUUACGCGCGACGUGUUGAUCUGUUGACGUUUUGUUUUGUAAUUUUCUGUAAUUUUGCUUCGUGGUUUCACUUUUAUAUACGUGUCAAGUGAGUUUGAGCGUAUUUGGCUUUUAGAGCCUUUAAUUUUAAGAUAAUUGACAAAUAAGAAUAUUAAUCAAACAAAAUGGCACCCAAACAGAGAAUGCGCAUCGCCAACGAGAUUGCCAGCAAAAAUAUUACACAGAGAGGAAAUGUACCCAAAUCAACUAAGGAAAAGGACGACCAAUACCCGGUAGCACCCUGGUUAAUUGGACUCUUCGUCUUCGUCGUCUGCGGCUCUGCUGUAUUCCAAAUCAUCCAGUCUAUUAGGUUGGCCUAAACCCCUCUGUGAUUCCCCGACUGAUAAUUUUAGAAUCCAGUUGCAACUUGUGGCAUAGGUUUGUCUCUUUCAUUUCUAUAUUGCUAUAAGCAGGAUGUAAAUAUACUUUUUUUAUUUAAUGCGAGUUUCCAUUUUAUUUCUUGACACUGUAAUAAUAAUUAAUUAUUUUCUUUAGAAAUAAUUCAAAUGCAUGUAACUAAUGUAAUGACAUACCUAUUUCAAUAUUAUAUUACUUGUGCCACAUUAAAAAAACAACCAUGCCACCUUCUGUGUAUUAAAUAUUUUGUUCUAGUAAAGUAUUUGAUACAUCCAAGGAUUUAUUUGCAUAUUUCUAACUAUAUUGCUUACAUAGUUGCAUACAAAAUGGUUUAGUGUAAGCACAGUUUAAUUAUAAUCUCAAAAAACUUGUAUGUACUAUAUUCUUGUAUAUUGUAAAUUAAAAACUUAAGGCUAGGGAUGCACUGUUUAACUUUGGUUAUGUAUAGUUGUUAUAGCGACUACAACUAAUCUAAAAGUCUGUUUUAAAAUACGUUUCAAUGAAAUAUUUCUGAAUUCUUCCAAUGAUAACUUUUGAACAGGAAUAUUUUUAAAAACAAAGUUACUUGGUGGAUUUCUAGCCCUUAUUAUAAAGCAGGGUUUUCACUAUUGGGUCAUUACUUAUUUUUUCCUUCAUUGACAAAGUCAAAUAAAAUUUUCAUGGAACUUAAAAAAAAACACUUAAAAAGUUAUAAAUAGCCAUACCAAAUUACAGCACCUAUUUUAUCCACUUAGGGGUGCUGAAGUUCCUUUUUGAGUGGGGUUUAAGUCAUAGAGUAAGAUUUUCUUCAUGCAAAAUCUCGAAUUGAUAGACCUAGUGCAUUGAUAUGACAGUCAGUCAAUCAGUUUCUUUUUAUGAUUGAAAUAAAUGCAUUUAAAUCUUCCAGAUUAUAAUCUUCAAAAAAGGAAAGAUGCCACUUGUUACUCGGCAAUAGUGAAACCUUGCUUUACAAUAUAGCAUUUUGAUGUAUUAUUGAAUUUAUUUUCCAUUCCUAAUUGUUUUAUGACCAAGUUAUGUAAGACGCACAAGAAAUUGACUUUGUGCUGCAAAGUUAUUGUGAAUGUAUUUUAAUGAUUUUAGUCCAAUUUUCAUGAUUUGAAUAUUUUUAUCCUCGCCAUGUGAAAUUAUUUGUCGGUUCUAUUUUUUAUUUUAAAUAUAAUUUAUUUCAAUAAAUACAGUAUAUUUGUCAA